AUGUCAGAUGGUCUUAUCAUUGGUAAAAUGAAAAAUCCUAAGAAAAACCAGCAAAAUGAUCAAACAGAAUAACAAAAUGUUGAAAGUGAUAUUCAUUAAUCGUAAGAGGAAAGUAAAACUGAGAUAAAUUAAAUUGAAGCCGCAGUAGAUUAACUUAAACUAAGUGAAAAUGCUAAAAUAGAUGAAUAGGAAGAAGACCUAGAAGCAUUAUAUGAUGAUGAUAAAAAAGAAGUAGUUAAAGUUGAAGAAUAAAAACAUCAAGGAGGAUUGUAAAAUUGUCUACUAGUUUUCAAUGAUAUUCAUGUGUGCUAGUUUGAUUUAGACAAGAAAAAGUGGGAUAUUGGAGAUCUUAUUGGAAAUGCAGAGGACUAUCCAAUUUUCUAAAAUUCUUAAGCUACAUUGGUUCCUAAGGAUCUAGCGAAACCUAUCAAGCAAGUUAUUUUUUCUGGAGGUAUCUUUAAUUAAUAAGUGCAAAGAUCAGUUACAAGAUAUGACAUGAUGUAUGAAGUAAGAUUAGGUGGGAAAUAAGAUCUCGUUGUGAAGCUCCAUUAAGAUCAUAAACCUCUACCAAUUCCAGUAUACUUACAUUAAGCUGCAGUUGUAAGAGGUAAAGGUGAUAAUAAAAAUACACUAACUAUCCUAGUUAUUGGAGGCAAAGACUCAAUUUAAAGUCUAGAAUCAUUAGACUCUGUAUAUGCAUUGAAAUUCAAAUUCUAAGAGGAUGAAUUCAUCAGAGAAGAGGAAAUCAAGGAAGCAGAAGAAUUUGUUGAGAAUCAAAAUUGGAUAAAGCUUGCUAGCAUGCAAAAUAAAAGGCAUUCAUUUGGAUGUUCAGUUGUUGGUGAGGAAGAAAGAUAUGUCUAUGUCUAUGGGGGUAUAACAGGUUAAUUAAAGGAUAGUCAUAAACCUAUUCUAGCAGGCAUUAGUGUUGAAAGAUUUGAUAUUUAUGAUAAUAAAUGGACUACCAUUUAAAUCAGCAACAUUCCAAGACUUGCCUCAUUUGGUUUCGAUGUUGAUAUCAAUUCUGGUCAAAUGUAUAUUGUUGGAGGUUCUAAUGGGGAAUGUACAACUACUCAGACUUGGAAAAUUGAUUUCUUGAAGCAAGAAGCUACAAAUAUGGAACUCGAUUUAGAUUUGCCCACAGCAUUAAGCAAGGUUAUGGUCAGAUUUGUUAAGGAUACCAACAAGUAUAAACUUCUUUGCUUUGGAGGACUGGAGAGUGAAGGUAUGAAUCUUAUAACUGAAUUCGGAUAAAAGGGUUGGUCUGCUCAAGAGGAAUCACACUUGCUGUUGAAUGUGAUAGAAGAUAAUGAACUUAUCUUCUACCCUUCAUUGUCUCUCUAAUGA